AGUGCAACGUUAGCGGAUCGUUUACGCCAUUCGAAGCUGGCCGCAUAGUCGGAAAUCGUCCGCCAGGUGUUCGCCAAGUGUUUUUUUCCUGUUUCGUUUAACGUAAAUGGUUUGCGAGUCUUCCGCGAAUGAGUUGUUUCGCGAAUGAGUUGUUUUGUAAAUGUUACACCUUGAUAAUAAUCUUGUUCUGAUGGCUUAUAUUUCCAUACAGAAUCGAGGAGGAGGUGGAAGAGGAGCUGGAGGAGGGGAACAAGGAGGGAGAGGAGGGGGGUUGGUGGAGGAGAGGUCGAUGAGGAUUUCUGGUAUGCAUCAGAGGGUGAGGAGGAGUGCAGCAGCGGCGGAAGUGAGUCAGAGGAAGACGAGGAGUAGCAGGUGGACCAGCACAAAGCAGCAGCAGCAGCAGCAGCAGCAGCAGCAGCAGCAGCAGCAGCAGCAGCAGCAGCAGCAGCAGCAGCAGCAGCAACAGCAGCAGCAGGAGCAGCGUCAGCUGCAAACAACACCAACACCGGCAGCAGCAGCGGCAGCACAUGGAGCAGUUGGGUGCAGCAGGAAGAGCAGUAAGAGUUCUAGCAGCAAGAGUGGCUGGCAGCAUCA